UACGUCAGCGUCAUCGUACUUUCCACCAUUGAUAACCUCCACUCCAUACUGGCUGUUUAUCCACAGCAUUUCAACCCACAAUUCAACAUGGAAUCGAGUUUCUCUCUGCGACCUCGAGCGAUCUCGUCGUUAGCUCACGUUCCGGCGUGUUCUGCGCUCUAUGCACGUCCCGGUGGACUCUUACGCAGUGAAUUCCUCGGGUGCGGCCACAGUCUCCGGCUACCGCGCAAGAGAUGGAAGAAACCGUGGCAGAAAUCCAGGUCGCAUUGCUUCAAGUUUCUCUUCAGAGCUUCGCUGGACUCGCAGCAGAUUCUUUUUGUAACGGCUGCCGUUUCUGCUGCCACUGUGGUCUAUUUCACUUAUUCAAGGAAGUAUCUAAAUGCCAUUCAGAUGUCAGGAAGCAUAAGUUUUGCAUUAUCAGAACAGAUAAGAAGUAUGAUGAGCUGGAUUCUUUCAGACCAACAUUACAUGGAUUUAAGGAAUAAUGAUUCUAUUGGAAGAAGGGAAGAUUCUUUGGAAGACACUAAAGAAGAUACUCAAGUGAACAAGGAUAUUUUCGGUGAGAGCAAAAUUAGGAGUGAUAAGGUUUCCUCAGAAACUCUCACUGAAGAAAUAUCCCAGUUCCAGUCUAGAAUAUUUGCUUCAAGUGCCACUUAUAGUUCAACCUCAAGGUCAUCUGAUGUUUCAGAGGCAGAUUUAGAUGCUGCUUCUGCUGUAAAUCAUAUACAUGGAGAUCCAGAUAAAUUUAGUAGAUUAGAACUUCUUGAAGAGGCUGAUAUAAACUACUCCAACCUUAUUUUUGCGGAUUCUACAUGCAAAGAGCUGUACACAAUUAAUGAGGCCUCAAUGGAGAACUUGGAUAAUCUUGACGCCUUGUCAUCUUUUACGAUCCUUCAAAAUAAUAAUGGCUAUUCUCCAUUUAUAAAAGAUUCUCUGAUGGAACGAUCAAAUCACGCUCCUUGCAAUGUUAUCUUACCUUUAGAAAAGAUUUUUCUGGAGAAAUUUGAAGAGGGAAGACCUUUUGGAUAUAGCAGUCAAAGCUUUCUCUGCCAACAGAAGGAAUCAAUAAAUAGGAAAGAGUUGAGAAAAAAGGGUAAAAACUUGUCUGCAUCUUCUAAUCCCAAGGGGGAGCGUAAAAAUGACAAGCAUGAUCCUUUAUGGCAAUUGCGUGUUUACAAUCAACUUCUGAGGGAAGGCAGGUUAAAUGAUUGCAUACAGUUGCUUGAAGAUUUGGAAGAAAAUGGUUUGUUGGAUAUGGAUAAGGUUUAUCAUGUGAGAUUCUUUGAAGUCUGUAAAAGGCAGAGGGCUGUUAAGGAGGCAUUUCGCUUUACAAGGUUUAUCCACAAUCCAACCCUGAGCACAUUCAAUAUGCUUAUGUCUGUUUGUGCUAGCUCCCAAGAUCUGGAAGGUGCUUUUCAAGUUCUGCAACUUGUUCGAGAGGCUGGACUAAUUGCUGACUGCAAACUUUACACCACUCUGGUUUCCACUUGUGCUAAAAGUGGAAAAGUAGAUACAAUGUUUAAGGUUUUUCAUGAAAUGGUUAAUGCUGGAAUUGAGCCAAAUGUUCACACAUAUGGUGCACUCAUUGAUGGUUGUGCAAGAGCUGGGCAAGUUGCCAAGGCCUUUGGUGCCUACGGAAUACUCAGAUCAAAGAAUGUAGAACCAGACAGAGUAGUUUUCAAUGCACUUAUCACUGCAUGUGGCCAAUCAGGAGCAGUGGACCGUGCCUUUGAUGUGCUAGCUGAAAUGAGGGCAGAAACAAAGCCAAUAGAUCCUGAUCAUGUCACUAUCGGUGCUCUAAUGAAAGCUUGUGCUAAAGCUGGUCAAGUUGAUCGAGCAAAGGAGGUCUAUAGUAUGAUUCAUGAGUAUGACAUCCGAGGAAAUGCAGAGCUUUAUACUAUUGCUGUGAACAGCUGCAGUCAACAAGGAGAUUGGGAGUUUGCUUGCUGUGUUUAUAAUGACAUGCUACUAAAAGAGACAGCACCUGAUGAGAUGUUUAUCAGCGCCUUGAUAGAUGUGGCAGGGCAUGCUGGAAAAGUGGAAGCUGCAUUUGAAAUUCUACAAGAAGCUAGGGCUAGAGGGAUGCAUGUUGGAAUCAUAUCAUAUAGCUCAUUGAUGGGAGCCUGUAGCAAUGCUGGAGAUUGGCAGAAGGCAUUGGAGCUGUAUGGCAACGUUAAGGGUUUGAAUCUAAAGCCAACAGUUUCAUUGAUGAAUGCCUUGAUAACUGCUUUGUGCAAUGCGGAUAAACUUCAAAAGGCAACUGAUAUGUUAUUUGAGAUGAGGGACAUUGGAUUAUGCCCAAAUACCAUAACUUAUUCCAUCCUUUUAGCGGCAAGUGAAAAAAAUGAUGAUCUAGAGGCAGGUCUCAAACUUGUUUCUCUAGCUAAAAAAGAUGGCGUUACUCCAAACCUUGUAAUGUGCCGGUGCCUUGUAGCUAUGUGCCUAAGGAGAUUCCAAAUGGCUUGUAUGGUUGGUGAACCUGUCUUAUCCUUUUCCCUUGGCCGAGCUCAGCUCAAUAGUAAAUGGACAUCCUUGGCUUUGAUGGUUUACAGAGAAACAAUCAUAGCAGGUGUGCAGCCUACCAUGGAUGAACUCUCACAGGUUUUGGGAUGCUUAAAGCUCCCUCAUGAUUUGUCUGUAAGAGAUAGACUCAUUGAGAAUCUUGGACUUAAUGCUAACAAAUCAAAAGGUGCAAACCUCUACUCUCUGAUUGAGGGAUUUGGAGAAUAUGAUCCUCGUGCCUUUUCACUGGUUGAGGAAGCUUCUUCUCUUGGAAUUUUGCCCCUUGUCUCUUGGAAAGAAAGCCCAAUUGUUGUUGAUAUAAGAAAAUUUUCAGUUCAUACAGCUGAGGUAUACCUUCUGACAGUUCUCAAAGGUCUCAAGCAUCGUUUGGCAGCUGGUGCAAGGGUUCCUAAUGUAGCUAUAUUAUUGCCAGUAGAAAAUAUGCGCAUCCAAACAUCAGCAGGAGAUAAAACAAUUCAUAUUGCGAGCAGGAUAAGCCAGGCAAUUGCAGCGCUGUUGAGGAGACUUGGAUUGUCUUAUCUAGGGAAUGAAUCGUAUGGGAAAAUACGGAUAAAUGGAGUUAUCAUAAGGAAGUGGUUUCAGCCAAAGUUUUCUUCUCGUUUCAAUGUAAAAAGAAUUGAUCACAGCUCAUCCAUGAGAUAUCUAGGUUCAGGCAUAAGCCAUCAACAACGUAAAAUCCGAACUGGCUAUUUGUCUUUGGAAUAAGGUUCAGAUAUAUUGGUUGCAGGAAUUUCCCCUCACAUGGCUGUCAAUGUAUGCUCCAGCCAUAAGGUGGCUCUUCAUGCUUCAUUGGACUUGAAGAAAAAGGUUUUGUAUUGAAAGACAGUAGUUUCAAGGCAACGGCAAGAAAAUAAGAUAACUUCCAAGUAGAAGUAUCAAUAAAAGAAAAUAGAGAUUCUAUUGAGCUAAAUACAUGUCAGUUGAAAACCAUUGGUUUUCCAUUGUAGCUGCUGUCAUACACUGCUUUGGAGAUAGCUUUGAGCUGGUUGAGUUUAAGUUAAUAACUUGAUGGAUUUGUAUUAUUUUAGAAGAAAAUGACACCUGCGUUAAUUGAUAUGUCAGUAACGUACGCCUUCUAUAUUGGGCAUAGCUCAUGUUGACUGUGGAUUUCUUCUUAUAAGAAAUGCUAAGUCAAAUGCUUAAAUAGAAUAUUAUGUAGCAGGUGGAUUCUUUUAUCAAUUGAAUUGCUAAUAUUUUUCUGAA